AUGGACCCUGAAGACUCCUGGAUACCGCAGAAGCCAUGUAAACAUGAUGAUCCAGCCUUGAAUAAAGUCCAGCUGGAGGGGGCAAGUGAAAUCUGAAAAGAGGUAAAACCAUCAAGUCUGCAUGCUUCAAUCCGCAUCAUCUGUGCUUCAGUGAUUGUGCUGGGCUAAGCGCCCUGCCUUUGCCGUCAUUGAGUCAUGGAUCUGCUCCAUAGUUGGGGGGUGAGUCUGGCAGUCUAUUUGCAGAAAGAGUACAUUGCCUAUGAGAGUUGGUUUCAGCUGAUUUCCUGUGUGGCGGAUCUCCACACCACCUUCUUCAUCUUCUUCCCCAUCUGGUUCCACCUGAAAAGGGAUGUCGGCAUCAAGCUCAUCUGGGUGGGUGUGGUUGGGGACUGGCUUAACCUGGUGCUAAAAUGGGUUCUUUUUGGAGAAAGGCCUUAUUGGUGGGUUCAUGAGACCAGGUUUUAUGGCACUGAGUCAGCGCCUGCUCUCAGGCAGCUUCCCAUCACAUGUGAGACUGGACCAGGAAGUCCUUCUGGUCAUGCGAUGGGCUCUGCUGCAGUAGGAUAUGUGAUGGUCACAUCAUUGCUAUCCAUUGCUGCUCAGAGAAAACCUCCUGCUUUGUUUUACUGUCUUUUACAGGUGGUGCUACUGAUGCUGUUGGGGCUGGUGGAGCUGUUAGUCUGCACGUCUCGUGUUUACGUUGCUGCCCACUUCCCCCACCAGGUUAUAUGUGGAGUUAUCUCAGGUAUCAUUGUAGCUGAGAUAUUCUCAAGACAGAGGUGGAUUUACAACACCAACCUGCAGAGGUACUUCAGCAUCACUCUGUUCCUGCUCAUUUUUGCAGUGGGCUUUUAUGUUCUCUUGAAGGCCGUGGGUGUGGAUCUGCUGUGGACUCUGGAAAAAGCUCAGAAAUGGUGUGUGAACCCGUCCUGGGUCCUCAUGGACACGACACCAUUUGCAAGCCUGAUGCGCAACAUGGGCACUUUGUUUGGUCUUGGCUUGGGCCUGCACUCACCACUCUAUACCGACAGUAAGAACAGCACUAGCGCCCCUUUCAGAAUAGUCUCUAUUGCCAUAUCAUUAGUUCUUCUGCAGAUCCUGGACUUUUUGACCUUCCCUUCAGAUAACCAUACAAUUUUUUACAUUCUGUCAUUCACAAAGAGCGUUGUUGCCAUUUUAGUUCCCACCAUACUUGUUCCUAGAGGUCUGUCCUUGUUUUUACAGGAAAAGAAAGCUGAAAAGGCCUCAUAGAAAAAUAUUUAAGUGUUUGACAAUGGUGAAUGAUAAAUGGUCAGUCUGAAGGUCAGUAUAUUGAUUAUGUUCAACAGUGAUUCAGCUCAGGUACUUCUCCCUGCACUUCUCCAGCAUCAGGCUUCAAAGUUUGUUGAAUAUACUUCAGAGGCCAAAUACAGAAAAUGUAUAGCAUUUAAAAAUUUACCCUUCUCGUGCCUAAGAACUCUUCAGCCAAGCCCAUUCUGAGACUGUCUGACCUCUCAAACAAUGGUCUCCCUUGAUUUUAUGUGAAGGACUUAAGAUUUGUAUCUGAGAAAGACAGGGCUGAAGGUCUUCUGUACCUAUUUGAAGGUCUUCUUUCUACAUUUUUAAGAAUCUAUUAAUGACCAGUUGUUGUGAAGAUGUAAGAGUGGUUUGUUUUGGUUUACUUCAGCCGAAGCCUUUAGUUGUUGGUGAACCUUUCAUCUAUAUCUUCUGAAUGAGUCUGGCCCAUUCACUACAACUUGACUCUUUUUUCAGAAAACAUGUCCAAAGGUCCUUCUAUCAGCUCUUGUACUCUGUACUACUCACUGAAGAUAGUGUUCUAUACGUGUAGGAUUGUACAAUGCUGAGUUACUAAUUGCCACUGGGGCCAUGCAAGUCCAACAGUUACAACUGCAUUCCUUGGUGUAGGUUUCAGAGAUUAUGGAACUGUUCAGUGUAACUCAUAAAACUUAAAUUAUCUGUGCAUUUAAUGUAGAAGUAAAUACAGGUGUUAUCCUAAAGAGAAAUGUACAUUUUGAAAAAUCUGUUAUUCUCUCAUUAUUGGGAGAAAAGUCCUCAUAGUACAGUUUGGUGAUUUCCCUUCUCUCACACACCUAAUAAACCUGGCAAUUAAUAUCUAAUGACUUAAAUCAGCUUUGAGCAUUAAAAUCACCAAUCUUUGGAACCCUAACAUAAACAGCCCUUUACACUUGGAUGAAACUUUUUUUCUUUCAAUACUAAUUAGAUAUUUUUAUGUUGUUGUAUAUUUAACUAAACUCUUUACUUAAAGGUCUAAUGAAAGACAUUCAUGCAUCUAUGCCA